GCUUUUAUCCCUCUGCUCAGCUUACAGAAAAAGUGGGAAAACUGAAAGACCUGGUAAAAAAAAAAAAAUCAGUUCUUGAAAUUGAAAGCAAAAGAAAAUAGCAUAUCAAUGGAGGGAGGGGAUGAAGGAAUUGAAAGAGUGGAGGACUCCAAGGACCUGCAGCAGCAGAGCAAAGCCCUCGACAAGCUUACUGACCGGGUCGAGGAUCGCCAGCUCGAUUCGACCCGAGUCCAAGAGGCUAUGGCUUCAAUUGCUGCUUCAAAGGAGGCUGAUAUUCAAGCUGCCAGAAUGAGGGAGAAGGAAUUAGCGGCUGUUAAGAUUAAUGCAGCUGAUGUGGAUAUCAUCGCAAAUGAACUCGAGCUUGACAAGAAAGUGGCAGAAAGAACAUUGCGCGAGCACAAAGGCGAUGCUGUUGCCGCUGUUAGAUCCCUGCUUCACUGAUGGGAAAAAUAAAUACAUGCCUUGAGAUUUCUAAUUUCGUGCAGAAAUGUCGUCUGGGUCACAGACUUAUUUUCUUGAAGUGGGGUGCAAUUUUUUCUUGCUUGUAACGAUAUGGUUCUAUGCAAUGCUCAAUAUUUGACAAAUUCAAUUGAAUGUGUAAAAUAUUUUAGCAGUGGCUAUGGAUUUUUUCUCGUUAAUGCUUUUUAUCUUUGCAAAA